CAGUUUCUGGGAGCAAGAGGCUGCACUUCACCCCCUUCCUGCUCCCUCCUUCACCCCCUGACCCCCUGACCCCCCACACCCUCCUGACCCUCCCACCCCCUGACCCCCCACACCCUCCCAAUCUGCUGCUAAAUUACUGCCUUGCAGCAGCUGGAUCCAGGAAGGUGCAGAGUCUUGUCCAGGACAGGAGACAGUUGCUGGACGGUGGAGACUUGCUGACAGAGAUCACCAAACGAACAUCACGUACAGUCAGUGAGUGCAUUAAUCAGGACCUCGAUAACCAGAGACAGAGAAAUGUCCAUUUGUUUUAUCUACAUCAAAGGUUUAAACGAUCAGUCUGGACUGGGAAAGCUCUGAGACACAUCCUCCCAUCCCCAAGUAAGGGUCUUCCAGCAAACGGACUCUGGGAAAUAAACCCUUGAAGGUGGGAGCCAGCGUUGAACAGCAUCAAACAGUCCCCAGCCCGGAGACACCGUCCCUGUGCUCUGUGGGGAUUCACCAUCAACUGAUUAUACAAAACUCCGAUACACAGCACCAUCCCAGAACAUGGAGAAACCCUGGAAGUGUGAGGACUGUGGGAAGGGAUUCCACUCCCUGUCAACCCUGGAAUUUCAUCGCCGUGGUCACGGCAGGGAGAGGCCAUUCACCUGCUCAGAAUGUGGGAAGGAUUUCCCCAAUUCCUCUGCCCUGCGGAAACACCAGCGCUCUGCAACUGGGGAGAGGCCGUUUGCCUGCUCCGAGUGUGGGAAGAAAUUCCAUGAAUAUUUCACCCUGGUGAGACACCAGCGAACUCACACUGGGGAAAACCCAUCCAGCUGCUCGGAGUGUGGGAAGGUAUUCACUCAGUUCUCCAGUCUGCGUGCACACCAGCGAGUGCACACUGGGGAGAGGCCGUUCAGCUGCUCUGUGUGUGGGAAAGGAUUCAUUCAGUUAGCACACCUCCGCAAACAUGGGCAAAUUCACACCGGGGAGAGACCCUUCAAAUGCUCCAACUGUGAGAAAAGAUUCCGAGAUUCAUCUGCCCUCCGUAUACACCGGCGAGUGCACACUGGGGAGAGGCCGUUCAGCUGCUCUGUGUGUGGGAAAGGAUUCAUUCAGUCAUCACAUCUCCGCAGACAUGAGCAAACUCACAAGUGAAUACAGGAGUGGGACCUGCUGUAAAUCAGCAGUAAUCUCUGUGCUCCUGGGCAGGAGUUACAACACCAUCCUCAUCUGCAAUCCCCUUUCCGUUUUGUAUAUCGUCCUGAUGCCAAACUACAUUGGCUGUUGGUGCAGUGUCACUGAGUCAGAAUCCCGGAAAUCCCUCUCUCCCAGCAUUGUGGGUAUUCCCGAUACCACAAGGACUGCAGAUACAGAGGGCUGCUCAACAUCACCUUCUCAACAAAGACAGGGAACGCUGACCUGGACAGUGAGACUGGAGCCUAAGCAUUGAUUUUAAACAUGAGGGAGUUACCAAUCCGUGACUGAGCCAUGUUCAUUCAGACCGUGGGUGAGGUCACAGGGUCACAGCAGUGCCCACUCUCUCUUUCACCAUUGGACUUCUAGUCAGAGUGACACUGUUCCAGCUGGCACUGCAUCUUCCCCACAUGGGGCAAUGAUCCCCAAAACCUCAGACAGGCCCACCUCUCCCUGGGCUCUCAGGAAUGGUUUACUUCCUGCUCCAAAGUCUGAAAUAAAUCUUUCCGACUGCUCCAUGGCAUCAGCAGCUCAGGGCCCAGGGCAGUCGUAUUUAUACUCCAAGUGAGUCUCCACCCUCCUCACUUCAUCUCUCUCUAGCGAUACAUCCUUGUGUCCCUCUCUCCCUCCUGAAUGUGGCUGGGUAUGGGCUCUCUCUCUCUUUGUGUCUCUCUCUCUCUUUGUGUCUCUCACUCUCUUUGUGUCUUACUCUCUCUCUGUGUCUGUCUCACUCUCUGUAUCUGUCUGUCUGUCUCUCUCUGUCUGUCUGUGUGUGUGUCUCUCUCUCUUGUUCUUUCUCCCCUGCUCUCUCUUUCCCUCUCACUCUCAACAACUUGUGCACAGACACUAUUAUCCCCUCGGGACGGAUUACUGAACUUCGCAAUCUCGGACUAAGCCCCACUCUCUGUAACUGGAUCCUCAGUUUCCUGACCCACAGGCCACAGUCAGUGAAGAUUGGGGACAAUAUUCCAUCGUCACUAACACUCAACACUGGAGCCCCCCCAGGGGUGUGUACUCAGCCCCAUACUGUACUCACUGUAUACCCAUGUAUCGCCAAAUACCACAGUAAUGCCAUUUACAAGUUCGCUGAUGACACCACUAUAGUCUGUCGAAUCUCAGAUGGCAAUGAAACAGACUACGGACGGGAGGUGGAAGUCCUGGAAAAAUGGUGCGCUGAGAACAACCGAGCUCUCAAUGCCGGCAAAACCAAGGAACUCAUUAUUGACUUUUGGUGGGAUGUUAUUCAUGCCCCCCUGCACAUUAACAGCACAGAGGUGUAAUGAGCGGAGAGUGUCAAACUCCUGGGAGUGGUCAUUCACAACAAGCUUUCUUGGACUCUUCAUGUGGACACACUGGUUACAAAGGCCCAACAACGUCUCUCCUUCCUCAGGCAGCUGAGGACAUGUGGCAAGGUGACACAUGCCCUUGCCAACUUUUAUAGCUGCGCCAUUGAGAGUGUUCUGUCUGGAUAUAUCACUCCCUGGUAUGGCAACUGUACCAUUCAAGAUCGGAGACGGUUACAGAGAGUGGUAAACUCAGCCCGGACAAUCACAAAGGCCAACCUCCCAUCUAUAGAAUCCAUCUCCCAGGCCCCGCUGUCAAGGAAAGGCCACCAGCAUUCUCAAAGAUCCAUCCCACCCUGGCAAUGUUUUUCUACAGCCUCUACCAUCGGGGAGAAGGUACAGAAACCUGAACACACGCGCCAGCCGGUUUUGUAACAGUUUCUAUCCAACUGUUGUUAGAAUACUGAAUGGACUCACAAACUCCUAACAUUCACCUGUCCCUGUGUUUUUGUUUUUGCCGCUGUUUCCCUGUUAUUUACUGUCUGCUACUUAACUCUGUGAUCUGCCUGUAUUGCUCGCAAGACAAACCUUUUCACUGUGCCUCGGUAAACAUGACUAUAAAGUCAAUUCAAUUUAA